GUCAAUAGCCGCUAGUUCUUUGAGAGCGCAAUCUGAACGCGCCCGCGUGAAAAGGCCUCCCUUUUAACCAGCUGCACACUGUCCUGGGUAGUUUAGAUGAUGAUGGUGAUGACGAAGUUGCUAUUACUCCCAGGUUAGACGAGGAAAAUCGGCAGUAUGCGCGGUUUUUUUCUCUACUUGCGUCUUCUAAUCACGACGAAUAUGGUCGUGUUGGCGGAGUGUCGUGCAGUGCUUUUCCCGAGGACUGUUUUUUUCUUUUUGCAUCCCGCCAUAAUAUUAUCAUUAAACUUUGGCAACGGGGGCGUAGAACAGGUACUAGCUUCCGAACAGCAGGUAUUGUUUCCGCAACACAAGAAGUCCGAUUGGGUGAACUGCGAGCAGGAUCCAGAAUGGGCCAGCUUCCGGCGAUAUGGAUUGUAAAAAUGUCUGGGUCUGGAAGAAUGCGCGAUUUGUCAUGCAGCUUUUCCAUGACCCAUGAGGUCUGGAAUGCAGAACCUAGCACGACAGAUUCUGUGCGAUCUCUCUCAUGCCUAUCCUGCAUGAGAAACUCCCUCCCGACUUGGUCAAAACUGGACGACUUUUGGCAAUCAUGCAACACAGAUUCUUGCAUGCUUCAGAUUUUGCAUGACAAGCUGCAUUCUUCCAGACCCAGACAUUUUUACAUUUGAUAGGCGACUGCUCAUGCGGGAGCUGCAGGCCAACAACAUGGAUAUCACAUGCAAAUCUGUAUAUGCCUGGGUCGGGAUCGGGAAGGAGUUUGUCAUGCUUGGCUAACAUGGACUCUUCGGUCUGUCAUGCGCGCGACCCAAAGGCCCCACUUUUCUGCCAUGCAGAAGCUGACUUCUUUGUCAUGCAGAACAGACAACACUUUACCUGUAGCAACUCCAAAACUUGUUAUGCUUGGCAGUCAAUUGAGGCGUCCUCGUCUUUCUCAACGACCAGCACCACAAGUUUUCAGACCCAGAUGACAUGUUAGCUUCUGAUAAUCUAACCAACGGAGCAGCUGGUACAGGCGGCGACCAGCUUGAUGGUCAGCAGGAUCGGAGACCCCUCCUUGCAACCUUCAAUGGAGAACUACAUGGGAUACAGUCCGGCCAUGAGCGAUUUCCUGAACAAUUGCAACCAACAGAAAGACUUCAAAGGCGAGGAUCCUCAUACAGCAGCAACGCCAAGAACGGGACGAUCAGCAUCUAUUUCGGACGGUGACAGCGAAAGCGAAAGCCCCAGCAGUUUGCCGCAGAAGUCGCAGCAGCAGCAGCCGGUCUGUCUCUACGGCGUGAUCUCGGCGCUCUGGGUGCUGGCUUAUUCCCAAUGGGGCCAGGAUGACGGGAAACGGUUGCUGCAACAUGCAAAGUUCCUGCUUGGGCAGCACACCCGGUACUGUCUAGACUUCCUGGAUGCCAGCCACUGGACGGUCUCGAGCUUGGACAUUCUCUCGCAAAAGGAAACUACCCAGGCGGAGUUUCGCAACCCGGUGUCUCUUCCCCCGGUAGUGGUUCCGGCAAACCCGAUUGUGUUGGAUUAUGAGGAGGGAGGGUUUGUUGAUGUGGACGAUUUGUUUACAACAUCCAUGCUAGUAUCGGGAUCCGGACCUUCAGGUGCUGGUGGUAAAAAUGGCCUGCGAGAUCAUGAACAUCUCCACGCCAACGCCCCUCCGCGUGGCUUCGCUGGCCCGGGCGCGGUCGGUGCAGCGGCAGCGACGAGAAGCACGACUGUUGGUGGUUUAGGUUUUAGGAACACGGUAGAUACGACCAAUAUCAAAAAUCCCGACAGUCUGAUCACGAACCGGCCCCUCCGAGUGUGGGAACUGGGAGUGCACGCAUCCCUCUCCGCGGAGCCGCUCAACAUCUUUGCGUCGUUUGUCACCGGGAAAUUUGAAUUCGUCAACUUAUAUCAACAGUAAAAAUGUCUGGGUCUGGAAGAAUGCAAGUUUGUCAUGCUUGUCGGGCAUGACUCUUAAAUCUGUCAUGCACAUUACCAAAGAGCCCCGCUUUUCUGUCAUGCAGAAACGUAGUUUGUCAUGCAGAAUAGGCAACACCUAGAAGCUCAGAAACUUGUCAUGCUGAGCCAGCAAUUGUGGCCUCCUCAUGAUACGCCACACAGCAUCAGAAGUUUCUAGACCCAGACACUUUUACAUUUGAUAACUUAAUCGAGGAUCAGUAUCCCGCCUGGCUCCCCGACAAGUGGAACACCCUGUACGGAGAGCAAUUUGGUGCAACUUCUUCUGGACCAGCAGCUACGACUACUACUCCGCAGCAGCCUGGAGUAGACGCGGUUACGGAGGCACUGAAAGAGCUGUUCAGGUACCACAUCCCGCACUCAGCGAGCAGCAAGGACCCGAUCAUCGAAUUUGACUUACUCCAGCAGCAAUUCCGCGAAAUUGUGACGGACCGGGACGUCGUGCAGGCGGGGUUGCUGCCCGAUUUCUACCUCUGCACGAUUCUGGUUCUGUGCCUCUUACCACCAGAAGAUGAAACGGCAGGAGACGAGGAGCAGCAAGAACAAGGGUCCUCUUCCUCCUCGGGUGAAAAUCAUGAGGGCAGACACAGAAAGAACUACAAACAGGCGAGAAGUACAACUAGAAAAAACCUCUUGGGCUACUUUGGGCAUCCGAUGCUUUUCAUGGUCGGCGAAUCGCAGCGGGACUACGUGUUCCGGCAGUUCCGGAAGCUUUUGACCGCGAACAAAAACAACGUGUUUUCCGUGUCUGACCCGUUUCUGCAGAUGCAGUACGAGUACCAAACUGGGUUCCUGCUCCCCCACAUCCGCCAGCACGCGAGCUACAUUUCCAUCGGCACGAGCUGGAACUUCAAGCGGGAAUUGGACAUUUUGGUGAUCGACCGCCCCCACGAGUCCGUGCUGCUUUGCAUGCUGCAAUAUUUCAUCGACCGGUGGGACGACGGUCAUGGGAACAGGGAGCAGCAUCAAACCCGUCAGACUUCUGAAAGUGACGGUUCAACAACAAGACCAACUGCUUCAUCCACGCACAAGAACUUCUACUACGACAAUUUUCCACCCCAAGCUAUCGCGAGGAAAAACGUUCCCACAUCAGAGUCAAGAUGGGGAAUCUGGCUAGACAAAUCAGCCAGCUUUAGGUGUUUGGCAUGACAAGUUUGUCCGCGUAGUGUAAUCCUGUUUAGCUAGAUGCAGCAGCAUCACAGAUCUAGCAUAUCAUUCUGCUUCGAGCAUCAAAAAUUCCAAAACACGACUAGAAAAUGCUUCUGAUGCGGCUCCGCAUGAGAAACAUUUUUACCAUGCAGAUUUGCAUGACAACUACCAGCCAUGCCCCGGCUGACGCCGGGGCGCAAGGCUGUUAGGGCGGGGCAGGACUAUUUGCGGAUCGGGCCGCAGCGACAGGGCUUUACGGACAGCGUGACAGAUCGAAGGAAUUACUGGCGCCGGUUUGCGCUAUGUCAACCCGCAGGGCCUCCUGCGCGCUUCCCGCGCCUUCAGGCGCUAUGCGCAGGGAGCAGCUGCAGCGAAGCUUGGGGGCGAAGAGAAACCGCCUCGGCAUAGGUGCCGAAGCAGAACUGGGAUCGCGCUGCCCUUUGUUCAUCACACACACACCCGCCCCCGCCCCCGCCCAACUGGCUUCCCAGCGGAAACUGUUGGCGCGAGCGGUUAGCGGGAGAGGGUGGCGCGAGAGGGUGCGCGAGAGGGUGCGCGGGAGGGUAGCGCGAGAGGUGUGGGCUUGCGCGAUGAAACAGCCCCAACAAAAUCGGCCGCAUGCCGGGCGGAUUCGGGUCUUUUUCACCCUCUCGCAGACCCUCUUUUUCACCUCUCCCGAGAGGUGUUGCUAAUAGUCCGGCUAUACUCGCCGGUAGAGGUCUACAGAGGUGGCCGAGAGGUGGCCGAGAGGGUGCGCGAGAGGUUCGCCCUUAUUCGCGCAACCUCUCGGCACCUCUGUCCCCCUCUCGCUUACCCUCUUGGCACCCUCUCGGCCACCUCUGGUCCUUAUAGGCGCAGCUUUAGAGUGAGUCCUUCAGCGGGCUAUACCCGCGCCACCUCUCGGCCACCCUCUCGAAUGACCUCCCGCGCCACCUCUCCACCUCUGUUGACCUCUUUUUGACCUCUUUCCACCUCUUUUUGACCUCUCGGCCACCUCUCUCCGACCCUCUGUAGACCUCUACUUUCGCAUGAAUUAACUACUAUUAAUGAUGAUUAAGGUCAUUGAGGGGUCGUUGAGGGGUCUUCGACCCCCCGAAGGGGGUUCAUUGACCCCCCUUGGGUACCCCUUCGUUUUUCGAGGCCCCCCGAAGGCCCCUCGAAGGCCCCCCGAAGGGGCUCCGUUGACCCCCCCCUUCGGGGGCUCAUUGAACCCCCUUCGGGGGGCCUUCGGCGUAGUAAAUUUCUGUUUUUCUCGAGGCACCCCUUCGGGGGGCCUUCGGGGGGCCUUCGAGGGGCCUUCGGGGGGCCUCCGACCGACGGCCUUCGGGGGGCCUUCGGGGGGUCUUCGGGGAGCCUUCGGGGGGUCUUCGGGGGGUCUCCGGGGGCCUUCGGGGGGUCUUCGGGGGGCCUCGGGCGGACGCCGUCGAGCGACGCCAAGAAGUUUGGUUUGCAAUGCGCGCGGGGUCUUCGUCUUUCUUUACGAUGGCGCUGCGGGUCUCGCACUUGCGUGGGGCCGAAACAACGGCAAGACCCGAAACACCCACGGCGCCACGCCCUUCGGCGGGCUGUUCGGCCAAGCCAAAGGCUUUUUUCGUAUGCGGGUGGGGCCGCUGCGGUCUCAAAUGCGGGCGGCGCCGCCGUGGUUUCUUUCGUUUAGUUUUUGGUGUGGGCGGCGCCGCUUUUCUUUCGUCUGUAAGUAUUCUUCCAAAGGCGGGCGGAGCCACUUUAGUUUCAAGGCGGGCGGGGCCGCUUCGGCUCUUUCCGCCGCGCUACGCAGCCAGCGCGCUUGCUUCUUUUUGCCUUUGCCCCUCCCCUUGCUUGCCCGACGCCUUGGCCAUCGGGGCGGCUUUCGCCUUUCUUUGGGGCCGCGCGCCCGCGGCUUGCUUUGCUCUUCGGCCUCGGCCUCGGCACCGCCUUCGGCUUCGCGACCGCCACAAUCUUGCUUCCUUCGCCCGCUUUGCGGCCGGCUCGGCCUCCUGCCCCUCCGGCACGCUUGAGGCACCACGCAACCGGAGGAGAGGGCGCCCCGCAGGUGCCAGUCGGCUCAACUACUACUAGCAACCGCGAAGAGCGUCGCCACAAAGGCCCAGGGUGGGCGCUGGAAUGUGUGCGAUUGGAUUUGAGCGCAAGCGGUGCAGAUGUUCGCUGCGCGCGUUCCCGUGGCCAACCCCACCACCUACAUACAAGCCAGCGCUUUGAGCCGCAGCAGCCGCCUGCAUUCCAGUGCUCUGAGCCACGCAAGAAGUGUCCAGGGCGGGCGCUGGAAUGUAGGCGGCCGGAUUCAUUUGCGCGCUCGGAAGCUGCGCGGCUGUUUGUUUUGCGAGUUUCCAAGGCCGCCAAGUCAGCCGCCUACACUCCAGCGCCCUUGGCCUCGCCAGAAUGAAGGACCAAGGGCGCUGGAACAUAGCUGGCCGGGGGGAUUUGGGCGCAAGUUGCGCAGAUGUUCGCGCACUUUGCGAGCUUCCCUGCCAAAGCCAGACGCCUACAUUCCACCACCCUGGACCCUUCUGGUGUGGCCCAUAGCGCUGGAACGAAUGGAGGCGGCUGGCUUUGCGCGCGGGUAGCACGGAUGUUCGCCUUGCGAGUGUCCAGGGCCAAGCCCGCCACCUAGGUAGGUUCCAGCGCUCACUCUGAACCACAGCAGAAGGGCCCAGGGCGCUGGAAUUCGGGCGACUGGCAGGCUUUGGGCGCAAGCGGCGCAGGUGCUCUCUGUGCGAGUUUCCGUGCCCAAGGCCGCCGCCUACAUUCCAACCAAAGAACGCCCUCGGCCACGCCAGAAUGAAGGGCCCAGAGCGCCUUCGCAUAGGCGGCGAACGGUUGUUCGUCGUGCGGGCUUCCGUGACCAAAUCAAACGCCUAUAUUCCAGCGCCCUUGGCCUCAGCAGCAGGGCCCAGAGCGCUUCCUUGCAGGCGGGCGGCUGGAUUUGAGCAGAAGCUGCGCAGCUGUUCGCUUCGCGAGUUGGCUUCCAAGGCCGGGCCAAUCGCCUAGAUUCCGGGCCGGCGCCAACUUUGAGCCGGAUCAGAAGUGUCCAGGGCGCUGGAAAUGUAGGCGGCUAGACUUCCGCGCAAGUUGCGUCGAUGUCCCCUUUGCGCGUUUCCGUGGCCACACCAGCCGCCUACACGCACCCCAACGCCCUGAGCCCCACCAGAAGGGCCCAGGGCGUUAGAAUGCAGGCGUCUGGAUUUCAGCGCAGGUGACGUGGAUGCUCGCUCUGCGAGUGUCUGUGGCCUGCCAAGCCAGCCGCCUGCAUUCAUUCCAGCGCACCGAGCCACGCCAGGAGGGCGCAGGGUGUUGCAAUGUACGUAGGCGGCUGGAAGGAUUUGAGCGCAGGUGGCGCGCGUGUUCGCUCACUCUGCAGUUGCCCGUGGCCAGCCCAGGCGCCUACAUUCCCGCGCCCGCUUUGAGCCACGCCAGAUGUUUCACGGGCGCUGGAGUGUAGGCGGCCGGGCCCGGUCACUUCAGCAAAAGUGGCGCAGAUGUGUGCUUUGCGUGAGCCACACCCACCAGAGCGAAGGGUCAGCGAGCGGCGCUGGAGUGUGGCCGCCUGGGCUCAGUCACACACUUGAGCAAAAUUGGCGAAGAUGUGCGCUGUGCGAGUUUCCGUGGCCAAACCAGCCGCCUACGUUCCAGCGCUCUGAGCCGCGCCAGAGGAGUCCAGCUAACGAGCGCGCUGGAGCAUAGACGGCGGGAUUUGGGCAAAGGUGGCCCAGAUGUUUUCUGUGCCUCGGCUCGCCUGCGAGCUUCCGCGGCCGAGCCAGCUCUUUAAAUUCCAGUUCCCUGAGCCAGACCAAAAGGGCCGGCCCAAAGCGCUUGAAGGUAGCCGACGGACCACAUUUGAGCGCACGGCGCGCGUGGGCGCAGAUGUUCCCGUGGCCCAACCGGCCGCGAACAUUCCAACGCCCUGAGCCUCACCAGAAGAGUGCUGCCCCGGGUGCCGGAAGGUAGGCGGCCGCCCGGGCCGGCUUGGGAGCAAGAAGAUGGCGCAGAUGCUCGCGCUGCGAGGGGGUUUGAGCGCCCAUGACCAGGUCAACCGCCUGCAUUCCCAGCGCUCUGAGCCACACCAGAAGGGCCCAGGGCCGGCGCUGGAAUAUAGGUGGCCGCGGCCGGAGUUGAGCCAGCGCAAGUGACGCAGAUUUUCGCUGUGCGAGUUCCUCUGGGCCGCUUAAGUUUUUGGCACCCAUCGGCGAGGCCGCCUCUGUUUCGCCUGGCUGGCAGACUGCCCCCAAACAAGAUGGAUGCCGGCCGGGGGCCGGCGCGACGGCUUGGCUGCGGUGUAAUAGGGGCGGGCCCGCCUCGGUUCUCUGUCCAGGACGCCUCGGCCCUGCCGCAACAUGCGGCGCGCUUCUCUUUGUUUGCGUUUGUUGACUGCCUGCGCGGGCCCCUCGCUCGGGGCCGCGGCUACAGUUCGUUGUUUGUGUGCGCGCCUGCUUGAGCGAGGGGCGGGCCGGCCGCCCGGGCCUUGGUGGGCUUUCGGCGCCAGUGCCCGUUUGUUGUGGUAUGCCCGGCCCGCCCAACAGGCGUCCUAGCGGAAGGGCGCGCGCGCGCGCCGGAUUCAUGCCGGGGCGGUGCCAGAUUGGGCGCUCCAAGCAAGGCCGGCGCCGGGCCUUGACAAGGUACGGAGACCCAGCCAGGCAGCUGGUUCCCGGUAGAAGUUCAUGAUUUAUGGGCAUCCGAGCCAGAUGGCGCCAGGCCCUUGCCAAGCCUGCCAAACGGCCGGCGCCAGGCCCUAGCGGUGCUGGACGGUGCCCGGGGGCGCCAGGGGCGGCAGGCCGGCGCAAGAUUCUGAGUGGCUAGGCCACUCAGCCUACGAUCGGGCUAGCUGAUGCCAGCCACCCGGCUCACUGAUCGCGGCCGGGGUUGUGCGGGGGCGCAGCUAGAUUUAUUUCGGCGAAGGAUGGAAGCCUGCUAGCCGCGGCCAGAUCCUUCCUGCCUGGCCAAUGAGGCGGCUGCCACGCACAUUGUGGCCGAGGCGGCGCAGAGCCUUUGCAGGGCCUACGAACGCCAUAUCCUGGUGGGCCGAGCCUGCUAGCCGAUGCAAAGAAAUCGAAAGCAUUGCGCGAGGGAGGCAGUCUGGCAUAGGCCUUGGGGAGGCGGAGCAAAGGCCUUGGGAAAGGUCUCGGGGCUUGCCUGCGCUCGCAAAGGAAGCCGCUCGCGCUGUCCUCGGGGACAAGCCCUGGCGGGGCCUCGGGGGCAUAUGGCCGCUGGGGUUUAUGUUUCUUUCGAAGUCAAGUCGCCCUCUUCUUGGGGCCGUUUUUUCUAGCUGCCCACUGUCCAUCAAGAUAGGGUCGGCCAAACGGCCGACCCCCAUCUUGUAUAAUAGAUAGUAAUGGGGUGGGGACGUUUUUCCUCAGGAUACAAGCAAAAAAGCCGUACGAAAACAAGAAGCUCGCCGCGGAAGGGAGGCUACGGCUUGCGCGGUAUCAAAAGGAAAAAUCCCCCGUCCCCAUAUCGAAAACGAAAUUUGUGAUGCUGUAUUUGAGUACACAAGUCGACUUGUAUUGCUAGAAGGCCAAGAGCCGCAGUUGUGGCCGCGUUGGCAGGCAGUUUGUCAUGCUGUUUCCCCCUUCCAGCUGCCUCCUGUCAUGUUGAAGAAGAUGCAAGGCUUUCCGACGCCGCCCAGCACUACAGUCCGCAUCUUCUUUUCCAUUCUACCAUGACAAAUUGAUUUAUGUACCCAAAUCCCGCAUCACAGACUUCCAGUGUGAUAUGGGGAGGGGGAUUUAUUUUCCUUUUGAUACGGGGGCCGGACUGGAGUACGACUUGCACCCGGAAAGGUUUCCGGAGAUGCUGGAGGUGAAUCGACUCGAAGGGGCUUGUAUAAAAUGCAAAAAUGUCUGGGUGGUCUGGAAGGUCACAACUUGUCAUGCCAAAUCUGCAUCAUGCAGAAAAUCUGUGUUGCGUGAUUACCAACAGCCGUGCUUUUUUACCAACUUGAGAGGGAAUUUCUCAUGCAGGACGGGCAUGAUGGAGGUCUUACAGAAUUUGUCAUGCUGGGUGCUGCAUUCUAAACCAUAUGAGCCAUACAAAACCUGCAUGACAAACCUGGCAAACUUCCAGACCCAGACACUUUUGCAUUUAAUAGCUUGCGCUGCCGGGGUGAAAAACAAACCCGGAGGUGGGGUUUCAGGAGCAGGCCCAGCAAAAACUUUGAACGGGAAACAAGCACAGGUUGUAGCGCCACUUCCUACAACCGCAAUCGACGUGGAGGAGGAGCAGCCGGAGGACAGCGCGGAAGCAGCUUUUGGCGAUUAUGCGUACGCGAAGCAGGAGUUGCACGAUCAUAGCGAAGAGGAGAACUCGAGCAGCUACGUGGAAUACUUGAAAAAACGAAAAUGGGAAUUGAAGCAGAAGCGGAAAGACGGCGGCAAAGAAGGUGGGGGUACUAUCACGAAAAUAACCGUGGUGCCAGAGGGAGGUGGUGCAGCGACUGCUGCAAGCGAAGGUGAGGAACAGCAGCUGGAAAAUGGAAGACGGAUUGUCCGGGAGGACAAUCUUCUCCAGCAGGCCGACGUGAUGCACCGCAACCUGUUGUACGUGUACGGAAGUAAAAGCUAUCAGAGUGCACAACUCGACCUCCGCCUCAUUUGAUGUGCAACUGGAACAUAAAUGUACUUAACUUUUUCUAGACCAAGCAGUAUAACAAGAACGAAGCGUUGCUCUUGCGCGUUAGUCAUUUACCAUGCAGAGGCUGGGGCUGCAUUUUUGUUUCUUUUUCGUCUGUUCCUCUUUCUGCCCGUCAACUGCGGGGGCCAAGGGGGGGUUUGCGCUCUCAUAGAAAUCAAGAAGCGUGUAAAAUGAAGGCGGCAAAGGCCGCCGCCGGAGUGAAAGGACCUCCGUCUACUUACCCGUUUCAGUUCAUUACCCGACAGCUAACGCAGACGAGAAGCUUUGAGGAGUUUUCCGAGUUCCGGUCGGUGGUUCUCUUUCCCUACGACAUGGAUCUCAUCACUUUCUACGAGUUUUACCACUUGAAUAUCCCCUUAUGAAUUGCAAAAGUAUAAUCGUACUCGUAUAAAUGCAUUACAAAUUCCAUUUAGCAUGAGAAAUAAAGUUUGUAAUGCGGAUUCACCUGAAGAAAAGGAUUUGUAAUGCAAGACUUGCAUUUAUACGAGUACGAUACUUUUGCACAGGAUACGCCUUGUUUCUCCCAAACCACCUCUCCAAGUACAUGUUUUCGCAUAUGGGACUCUCAAACGUUACACUCUCAACAGUUACAUGAGUUUGUAAUGCAAGAAUAGCAAAAGUCAAAGGGGGAGGGUUGCGCCUCUAGCAUUGCAAAUUCCGUACAGAUUUCAAUGCUGUGUAGCCCUUCGGGAAUUUGUCAUGCGAAGUCGCUUCACAGCGUGGAUGAUGAUGUUGAUUUUGCAUGACAGUUGAGAAUGUAACGCUUGAGAACGCCAUAUCGCAGGACCAUAACUCGUACAAUUUCCGCGACCCGGAGCUCCUGCGGGAAACUCCGCCGCGGAGACUGAAGCUCUGGCCAUACAGUGGUAGGGGGACAAUGGAGACGGGAACCGCCAGCGAGGACGAUGCGCGACAUGAUGAAGAUCGUGUUCCUGCUGACGAAAUAUUUUUACAGCAAAAUCUCUCCCCCUUCGAGGAAGACAAUGUCGACGCGGUGUUUGAAAUUCUCAAAUUCACGGAUUAUUUCCGGUACCCGGGAGUGCAGUACUUCAUCAAUCUUCCCGACUUGCUGCACAAAUUAGUUCUUCCGGAGUUCAACAGCAUCGCAAGUCUGCAGAAGAUCAGCAACGUGAUGAAAAGGUUCAACUUGAAGUCGCUGCAACAGUCGGUGUAUGCAAUGCAAAAGGAAAAGCAUCGUAUUCGUAUAAUUGCAUUACAAAUUUCCUCAGCAUGAGAAAUAAAAUUUGUAAUGCGGAUUUGGCUGCAGAAAAAAACUUGUAAUGCAUGACUGCAAUUACUACGAGCGCGAUACUUUUGCACAGGAUACGGUGACCCGGUGGGAACGGGUGCUGGAGACGGUGAUCGGGAGUGAGGCACAGUUUCGAGUCUGGAUAUGGGAAGAAAAAAGUGUCACAGUUACACUUUGUGUUGCAAGACCGGCAACACAGACAGCCUUUCUCAUGCAGGAAAUGCUUUGGAUCCUCAUUUCCUCCCUGUUUUCCCUUAUGUUUUCUGCAUUGCAAGUUUUCGCUCUCAUGCAGAGAAAAUUUGUGUUGCGGAAUUGACAACAAAUGUGUAACUGUAACACUUUUUUCGUGGGAUACUGGAAACAGGCGGAGUAUUGAACAUGAAGACGUUGACGCGGGGGGCUGUGACUCUCUCUCGAGAUUUCCAUCACUGCUUCGUUACUUUCUUCUAGUAGAAUACCGUCAUGGUGACCACCACAUAGAAACGCGCUAUGAACUUUUCUAUUGCUAUUUUUUAUUGAGAAUACAGACCUAUAAGCGUAAGAGAAUGAGUACAUAUACACGAGGACAGCUGCUAAAAACGAAAGGGCUGCUGCACGAUG